AUGGCAGAAUUGUUCAAGGGUGACGCUGAAGCUCCUCUGUGCUUUCAGAGUUCUUCUGCUGAAAUGGCAGAAUUUUUCAAGGGUGCCGCUGAAGCUCCUCUAUGCUUUCAGAUCGAUAAACAGAGACAAGAACCUUCUGGUUGCUGCUCUGUGCUUCUGGAACACUGCCAACAACACUUUCGAUUUUCGCCUGGGCCUAAUGACUCCAACACUACUGGAUAUGGCUCAGAUUUUGGAUUCAGACCCCAUGGAAGACCUGUGGAUGCAGUUGGUGAUUACCACAGGAGGAAAAUUCAAGAAAAACUAGUGAAGCCCUUCACUAUCUCUCCAACCACAAUCAACCAAAACUGCUCAUUCUCUAACUAUUUAAGGAAGUUCAGUGCUGAGAAGGACAAGGAUCAACGCAUAUGUUGUUCCUUCUGUACUGGCUGA